AUGAGGUUUUCUCCUAGGCACGAAAAACAUCGUUAUAUUCAAAAUUUACAAUAUAAAGCUAAUAAUUUAAGUAAAAAAAUUAUUAAUCAAUCGCAAAUUGGAGCAAAAGAAGUUGGUUUAUGUUAUCUUCAUCAAUAUUUAUCAUCAAACAAACUUCAUAACGUAGUUUGUUCCUAUCGUCAAAUAUCACAUGAAGAAAAUUAUCGACCAUACAACAUAAAUAAACAAAAAAAGAUUCAAAAAAUACCAAAAUUAAUUUUACCAAAUUUUAGAGAAAAAAACUAUACAAAUAUUAAAGCAAAAGAUUUAAAAAAAAAUUAUAUUCUUAAAAAUAAUGGAUUAAAAAAGAAAUAUACGAAUGAAAAAAUUGUUGAUUAUACAAUAAAUUAUUCUUGUAAUAAUAAUGAGACUUUUAAAAAUGAAAAUGAAAAAAAUUUUGAUUUUACGAAAUAUAAAAAAGAAAUAAGUACAGAUUUUUCUAAAUUUUUGAUUCAUUACAAAGAAACAUUGAAAAUAAUAGACAAUUUAAAAGAAAAAUCGAUUUCACAUGUAUUAACAAAUGAAAAACAAGAUAUUUUAUGUUAUAAUUGUUCUAAUAAAAAUUUUAUAAAACCACAAUUAGAAAAAAUAAUUUCUGAAGAUAUAAAAAAAGAAUAUCAAGAUGAUAUUUCAAAUAAAUAUAAUAAUAGAAAUUAUGUUUACAGAAAAAUGGCAUGUCUAGAAAAAGUAUAUAAGCCUAAACAAGAAAUAGAAGUACCAAGAUUAUCUGGAAUUGGUGAAGAAAACACAACUGAUGAAGAGAUGGUAGAUGAUGAACAGGAAGUAGAAGAUAAUGUGUGGAAUGAUGAAAGUAUUUCUGAAAUGUAUCAUAAUAAUCAAAGUCAAAUAAUAAUAAAAAAAGUAAAAUCUGAAGAACCAAAUAACAACAUUGAUAAAAAUUACAAUAUCAAAAAUGAUAAUUCUAAUAAAGAAGAAAAUAUAUAUUCUAAAAGAACAAGUGCUGGAAUAUCUACAAUUAGAGAUAUUGAAUAUACACCAAAAGUUGAGAAAAAAAAUUUAUUAAACAAUGAUAUAAUAAUGUAUCCAGAUGUUGACAGAAGUUUUACAGAGUAUUUUGAAACACCUAGACAAUAUUCAUCUCCAAUACCAAAAAAACACACUGAAAAUUCUUCACAUAAAAAUUCUUCUUAUAAAUCUGAAGUUAAUGUUAAAUCCAUUAAAGUUAACACAAAUAACUUAAAAAAAUGGAAUAAUAUUAAAUUAAAUAAUGAUAAAGUUUUUGACGUCAUUUCUUCUCUGUCAUUAAAUAAUAAUAUUUCAAAUAAAAAUGACAACAACAUUAAUUCUUUUUCAAUGGAAAAUAACAAAAAUCAUAUAAAUGUAUCUGGCCAGUUACAAAAUGAUGACAUAUUAUAUGAUAAACAAGUAAACGAGUCAAAUUAUGAUUUAAAUGAAGAAACUAAUCAUAAAAUGCCAUUGUCAUCUAAUAAUAAUGUAAUUAGUAGAUAUACAUUUAUAUCAAAUAAAAACAAUAGACAAGAUUUUUUGAUGGAAGAAAAAAAUAAAAGAGAGGAUUUUAUUUUAUCAUUAUCAAAUAACUCUUCUAAUAAUAUGCCUUCAAAAAAUGAUGUAAUUCAAAGAAAUACUCCUUCAUUAUCAAUUAUAAGCUCUCAAAAAUUACAACAAACAAAUAGUAAUAUUAAUUUAAUUUCAUCAAAAAAUGAUAUUAGUAAACUUGACUCUUUAAAAUCAUCAUUAAAUACAUUUAAUGGUGAUGAGUUAAUUGAUAAUUAUAUUAUUACAUCUGAUAAGAAAAAUAGUCUUAAAUCUAAUAAUAAUUUAUCUAAAGUUAUAAAUGAUGUAAAUUCAUUAUCAUCAUUAUCUUCAUUGACAAGUCAAAUAAUUCCUCCAACUUCAAAUAUUGGUACUCAAUCAUCACAAAGUAAAAUAAGUAUAUCUAUGAAGGAGUUAAAUGAUAAAAAAGAAAGUUUAGAAAAAAAUAAUUUUUCACCAUCCAAAAAUCAACAUCAUUCAACAUAUUUUAAUGAGAUGAUAAAUGAGGAGCCAAAAACUGUCAACAGUACAUCAUCUACCAUCAAUAUAUCAUUACUUAAAAAAGAAAACAGUAAUAAAGAGGAUAAGAAAAAUGAAAAAAAAAUGACCAUUUAUCAAACUUUUCAAAAAUCAGGAAAUUCACAAUUUAUUUCUAAUUUUGAUGAUUUUAAAAGAAACAGUAAAGAGGAGAAUGUUACAGAUGUUAUUGAGAUAUCUGAUAUUAAAAAUAAAAGUAUAUCUACAAAUGACAAUAUUAAUUUAUCUAAUAUUAAAUCACUAUAUAAUAGUAACGAAAAUAUUAUUUCUUUGAAAGGAUAUAAUAAAAAUGAAUCUAAUAAGAUAGAUGGAAAUGAUAUUGUUAAUUAUAAAUUAGAUUUAGCAUUAAAUAAUAAAAAUAUGGAUGAAAAUUUAAAUUUGAACAGUGAAAAUCUUUUUUUUGACAUCUCAUCAAUUUCAGAAAGUGGAAAUUCAAUUAAAAAUAAUAAGUCAGAUGAGAUUAAUAAAUCUGAAAAAUUAUUUAUAGAAGAUAAUAUUAAUGAGAAAGAUAUUAAUUUAAAAGAAAAGAAUCAAUCAAAAAAUUCAAAUUCAAAUGAUUCAACAAUAUCAUCUUUAUCUUAUAAAAAUGAAAAAAAUAAAAAUAUUCAAAAAAAUGACGACAAUUUAUCAUUGUCAUCAUUAACAACAUCAUCAACAAUAACAACAAAUUCAUCUAAAUCUACAAAUAACACAAGUAAAAUUGAAAAUUUAUCAAAUAAAAGUUCAAAAAAAUCAUCAAUUUCAACAUUGUUAUCAGAAAAAGAAUCAUUUACAAAUGGUUCAUCAUUAUUAUCAUCUCUACCAACUUCGGCAGGAUCAUUUAAAAAUUAA